GGCGCCUUUGCCUCAACGCCUCCAGUGGGAGAGGUGAUGGCAGCUUGGGCGAUGAAGCCGUGAGCUCCCCAUCCCUUGGCAUCUCUCUCUCUCUCUCUCUCUCUUGCUCUCCUCCUCUGUCUCCUCCUGACUGCCCCUCUUGCGUGAUGUAAGAUCAGACGCGUCCUCUGCAUUGAGAAGUCGAGACGCACCAGCUGCGCUCCCACACAGCCAGCCAGCCAGCCUGCGAGGGAAGCCAGGCAGAGAGAGAGAGAGAGGAAGCGGGCGGAGAGGCGAGCAGGCAUCCUCCUCCUCCUCCUCCUCCUCCUCCUCCUCCUGCUCUUCCUCCUCCCUGAGCAUCCUUUCCAAAGGAGCGCCGCAUCCCUCGCCGCUUCCCCCGCCCGACUUUGGACCACGGCGACGGGUGGCGCCUCGGAGGCUCCCCGACCAUGUCCGAGUCCCUUCGGGUCGCCUUCCUCCUCCUCUUCCUCCUCCUCCUCCUCCUCUCGGGAUUAUGUCCUCUGGCGAAGGGGCCGGCGGUGGGCGCUGACCCAGAACACUUGUGUGAUGUAGGAGAGUUUCUUUGCCAUGAUCUUGUGACAUGUGUCUCUCGAAACUGGCUGUGUGAUGGAGAACCUGAUUGUCCAGAUGAUUCAGAUGAAUCGAUAGAUGUGUGUCCUGAAGAAAUAGAAUUCAAAUGUCCUCUGAACCAUAUGAAAUGCAUUGGCACAAACAGAUGUAUUCACUUGUCCCAACUCUGCAACGGCAUUAUUGACUGCCCUGAUGGAUAUGAUGAAGGUGUACAUUGUCGGGAGUUACUACCGAAAUGUCAACAAAUGCAGUGCCAAUACAAAUGUGCUGUAACCAGAAAUGGAACAGGCUGCUACUGUGAAGGAGGCUAUGAGGUUGGCAUCAAUGGGAAAACCUGUCAAGAUUUGAAUGAAUGUAAUCUUUAUGGGACAUGUAGCCAAAUGUGCAGAAAUACAGAUGGAUCAUAUAUCUGCAGCUGUGUGGAAGGUUAUCUUCUUCAACCAGACAAAAAGUCUUGCAGAAUUAAAAGAGAGCCUAAUGAUACAGCCCCAGUUCUACUGAUUACAAGCUCUGAUACUAUUGAGGUUCUAUAUCUAAAUGGAACAAGAGCAUCUACCCUUGGCUCUGUGAGAGGAAAUGGAAUUCAGACACUGGAUUUUAUAUACAAGAAAAACACAGUUUGUUGGAUUGAAUCAAGAGACUCCUCAAAUCAAUUGAAAUGUAUUGAGGCAUCAAAAACUAAAAUAUUGACAGAUGAAUGGAUAAUUAACACAUUUCCUUACCUUCACAAUAUACAACAAAUGGCAGUGGACUGGUUUACUGGAAAUUUGUAUUUUGUGGAUCGCACAAGUAACACAAUCUUCGUAUGCAACUAUAAUGGAACUGUAUGUGUUAUCCUCAUCGAUCUUGACCUUCACAACCCCAUGGGAAUGGCUGUGGACCCUAGUCUGGGAAAACUCUUCUUUACGGAUUAUGGCAAUGCUGCUAAAAUUGAAAGAUGUGACAUGGAUGGGAUGAACAGAACAAGGCUAGUAGUAUCUAAAAUAGAGCAGCCCACUGCCAUUACUCUUGACCUGAUCAAUAAAUACAUUUACUGGGUUGAUGUCUAUCUGGACUCUGUGGGAGUGGUUGACUAUCAAGGACAAAAUAGACAUACAAUAAUUGAAGGUCGACUAGUUAGACAUCUUUAUGGAUUAACAGUAUUUGAAGACUAUUUAUAUGCAACAAACUUGGACAACUUUAGUGUGUUACAAAUAAACAGAUUCAAUGGUUCAAAUACCCAACUGUUGCUUAGAUUUGAAAAUGCCCAAGAAAUCCAUGUCUACCAUAAAAGAAUCCAACCAACAGUCAGAAGCCAUGCCUGUGACCCAGACCCAUAUGGGAUGCCAGGGGGAUGCUCACACAUCUGUUUGCUCAGCACCAGCUACAAAAGCAGGACUUGUCGCUGCAAGAUGGGCUUCAUCCUGGGAAGUGAUGGCAGGUCAUGCAAAAGACCAAAGAAUGAGUUGUUCCUCUUUUAUGGCAAGGGGCGUCCGGGCAUCAUACGGGGAAUGGAUCUGAAUACCAAAGUAGCUGAUGAAUAUAUGAUCCCAAUAGAAAAUUUAGUCAAUCCUCGAGCACUGGACUUUCACUCCGAGACCAAUUACAUAUACUUUGCAGAUACUACCAGUUUCUUGAUAGGACGUCAAAAAAUUGAUGGCUCAGAGCGUGAGACAAUCUUGAAGGAUGAUCUUGACAACGUGGAAGGCAUUGCAGUGGACUGGAUAGGAAGUAAUCUAUUUUGGACAAAUGAUGGCAACAGAAAAACAAUUAAUGUUGCCAGAUUAGAGAAAGCAUCUCAAAGUCGGAAGACUCUGUUAGAAGGAGACAUGUCACAUCCUCGAGGAAUUGUUGUGGAUCCUGUUAAUGGAUUGAUGUAUUGGACAGACUGGGAAGAAGAUCAAAUAGAUGAUAGUGUGGGAAGAAUUGAAAAAGCAUGGAUGAAUGGCUACAAUCGACAAAUUUUUGUGACAUCAAAGAUGUUGUGGCCAAAUGGAUUAACACUGGACUAUCAAAACAAUAUAUUAUAUUGGUGUGAUGCCUAUUAUGAUCAUAUAGAAAAAAUAUUUUUGAAUGGAACUGACAGAAAGGUGGUCUACAGUGGAAAAGAACUGAACCAUCCAUUUGGACUGUCACACUACAAGAAUUAUAUUUUUUGGACAGAUUAUAUAAAUGGCUCUAUUUUCCAACUGGAUUUGAUAGCUAGUAAUGUCACACUUCUAAGAAGUGAGAGAUCACCUCUGUUUGGGCUGCAGAUUUAUGAUUCCCAGAAGCAGCAAGGUGACAACGCAUGCCGUGUUAAUAAUGGAGGCUGCAGCACUCUCUGCUUAGCUGUACCUGGAGGCAGAGUGUGUGCUUGUGCUGAUAAUCAGCUCUUGGAUGAGAACAGUACAACCUGCAUGAUUAUGUCUGGAGAAGUUUUACCCAAAUUAUGCAAAGUGGGAGAGUUUCAGUGUCAGAAUAGACGCUGCAUCCAAGACCGUUGGCGUUGUGAUGGUGAUGAUGACUGUCUGGAUGGAUCAGAUGAACAUUCGGAGCUUUGCUUUAACCACAGCUGUCCUGACAAUCAAUUUAAAUGUCAUAAUAACCAUUGCAUCCCCAAGAGGUGGCUUUGUGAUGGAGCAAAUGACUGUGGCAGUAAUGAAGAUGAAUCAAAUGAAACUUGUGCUGCAAGAACAUGUCAAGCUGACCAAUUUUCUUGUGGAAAUGGGCGUUGCAUUCCAACUUCAUGGAUGUGUGAUCAGGAGGAUGAUUGUGGUGAUGAAUCUGAUGAAAUGGCAUCUUGUGAAUUCCCAACUUGUGACCCACUAGUUCAUUUUAUAUGCAAAAAUGGAAGAUGCAUUAGUAGCAAGUGGCAUUGCGAUUCAGAGGAUGACUGUGGUGAUGGCAGUGAUGAACUGGGUUGUGUCCAUUCAUGCUCUGGCAAUCAGUUCAGAUGUUCCAAUGGAAGAUGUGCCCCAAAUCACUGGGUCUGUGAUGGUGACAAUGACUGUGGAGACUUCAGUGAUGAAAGACAACCAAAUUGCACCAAGAAUGAAAUAGCCUCUCUUGGAAAAUGUGGUGGGCAUGAAUUUCAGUGCCAUCCAGAUGGAAACUGUAUUCCUGAGUUCUGGCGCUGCGAUGGAGAAAAGGACUGUGAAGAUGGCAGUGAUGAAAAGUUCUGUAAUGGAACUAUACGCCCAUGUGAUGAUAAGACAAAAUUUUCCUGCAAGACCACAGGGAGAUGUGUCAGUAAAGCAUGGCUAUGUGAUGGCGACAUUGAUUGUGAAGAUCAAUCUGAUGAGGAUAAUUGUGAUGGAUAUACAUGUGGCCCUCCAAAGUAUCCCUGUGCUAAUGAUACUUCUAUCUGUCUACAACCUGAGAAGCUCUGCAAUGGGAUAAAAGAUUGCCCUGACGGAUCUGAUGAAGAUAUUCUUUGUGAUGAAUGUUCACUUAACAAUGGCGGCUGCAGUCACCAGUGUUCAGUAGUUCCUGGAGGUAGAAUUGUGUGUUCAUGCCCUCCAGGACUACACUUGAGUUCAGACAAUAAGACCUGUGAAUUUGAAGACUAUUGCACAAAACACCAGAGGUGCAGCCAAGUGUGUGAGCAGCAUAAAAAUACCGUUAAGUGCUCCUGUUAUGAAGGCUGGAAGCUCAAUAAAGAUGGUGAAAGCUGUGCUAAUAUUGAUCCUUUUGAAGCUUUCAUCAUUUUCUCAAUUCGUCAUGAAAUCCGAAGGAUUGAUCUGCAGAAACGGGACUAUAGCCUGUUAGUUCCCGGUUUAAGAAAUACAAUAGCACUUGAUUUCCACUUCAAUCAGAGCUUAUUGUACUGGACAGAUGUGGUAGAAGAUAAAAUUUACAGAGGCAAACUGUCAGAAUCUGGAGGCGUAAGCUCCAUUGAAGUUGUCGUCCAGCAUGGUUUAGCUACCCCUGAAGGCCUCACUGUUGACUGGAUUGCUGGCAAUAUAUACUGGAUAGACAGCAAUUUGGAUCAAAUCGAAGUAGCUAAAUUAGAUGGCACACUGAGGACUACAUUAAUAGCAGGUGCCAUGGAACAUCCUAGGGCUAUUGCUUUGGAUCCUAGAUUUGGAAUCCUGUUUUGGACAGAUUGGGAUGCUAGUUUUCCUCGCAUUGAAUCUGCUUCAAUGAGUGGAGCAGGAAGAAAGAUUAUAUAUAAAGACAUGGAUAGUGGAGCAUGGCCCAAUGGCCUUACUGUUGAUCAUUUUGAAAAACGAAUAGUAUGGACAGAUGCUAGGUCAGAUGCUAUUUAUUCAGCACUGUAUGAUGGGACUGGCAUGAUUGAAAUUAUACGAGGUCAUGAAUAUCUUUCUCACCCCUUUGCCGUGUCCUUAUUUGGGAGUGAAGUAUAUUGGACAGACUGGAGAACAAACACAUUAUCAAAAGCCAAUAAGUGGACAGGUCAAAAUGUUAGUGUGAUACAAAAAACUAGUGCACAGCCUUUUGAUCUGCAAAUCUAUCACCCAAGCCGACAACCACAAGCUCCCAAUCCUUGUGCUGCUAACAAUGGUAGAGGUCCAUGCUCUCAUAUGUGUCUCAUAAAUCACAACAGAAGCGCUGCAUGUGCAUGCCCUCAUCUCAUGAAGCUGUCUACAGACAGAAAGACAUGCUAUGAAAUGAAAAAAUUUCUUCUUUAUGCAAGGCGUUCAGAAAUAAGAGGUGUUGACAUAGAGAAUCCAUAUUUCAACUAUAUAACAGCUUUCACAGUUCCUGAUAUCGAUGAUGUAACAGUUGUAGAUUUUGAUACUGCAGAAGAACGCUUAUACUGGACUGAUGUGAAGACACAAACAAUAAAAAGGGCCUUCAUUAAUGGCACUGGUUUAGAAACUGUCAUAUCAAGAGAUAUUCAAAGCAUUCGAGGAUUAGCAGUUGAUUGGUUAUCACGUAAUUUAUAUUGGAUUAGCUCAGAAUUUGAUGAAACACAAAUUAAUGUUGCACAUUUAGAUGGCUCUUUAAAAACCUCAAUUAUACAUGGAAUCGAUAAACCACAGUGCCUUGCUGUUCACCCAGCGAAAGGGAAACUUUACUGGACUGAUGGAAACACUAUUAAUAUGGCAAAUAUGGAUGGCAGCAACAGCAAAAUACUGUUUCAGAAUCAAAAAGAUCCCAUUGGUUUAUCAAUAGAUUAUGCAGAGAAUAAGCUCUAUUGGAUCAGUUCAGGAAAUGGAACUAUUAACCGAUGCAGCUUGGAUGGUGGCAAUUUUGAAGUAAUAGAUUCAAUGAAAGAAGAAUUAACAAAAGCUACAGCCUUAACCAUUAUGGAUAGGAAACUAUGGUGGGCAGACCAAAACCUGGGCCAGUUAGGAACCUGCAAUAAAAAGGAUGGAAGGAACCCUACAGUCCUACGAAACAAAACAUCAGGAGUUGUACAUAUGAAAAUAUAUGACAAAGCAGCACAGCAAGGUAGUAAUUCCUGUCAACACAAUAAUGGAGGAUGUUCCCAGCUCUGUUUACCAACCUCAGAAUUAACUAGAACAUGUUUGUGUACAAUAGGCUACAACCUUAGGAAAAACCGGAUGUCAUGUCAAGGCAUAGAAUCAUUCCUCAUGUAUUCUGUUCAUGAAGGAAUUAGAGGAGUUCCCCUUGAUCCAAAUGAUAAAACAGAUGCAUUAAUGCCGAUAUCUGGAACUUCUUUUGCUGUUGGUAUAGAUUUUCAUGCAGGAAAUGAUACAAUCUAUUGGACAGACAUGGGAUUCAACAAAAUAAGUAGAGCUAGAAGGGAUCAGACCUGGAAAGAAGAUAUCAUUACAAAUGGUUUGGGAAGAGUGGAAGGCAUUGCAGUGGACUGGAUUGCGGGUAAUAUAUUUUGGACUGAUCAUGGCUUCAACUUUAUUGAAGUUGCCAGGCUCAAUGGCUCCUUUCGAUAUGUUGUUAUUUCUCAAGGUCUGGACCAGCCAAGAGCUAUAGCAGUACACCCAGAAAAAGGGUAUUUAUUUUGGACAGAAUGGGGCCAGUCACCCUGCAUAGGAAAAGCACAUUUAGAUGGAUCUGAAAAGAGUGUUCUUGUUGGAACUGGGGUUACAUGGCCUAAUGGAAUUUCAGUGGACUUUGAGGAAAAUAAAUUAUAUUGGUGUGAUGCUCGAAUGGACAAGAUAGAAAGAAUUGACCUUGAAAGUGGAAGGAAUCGGGAGAUUGUUUUGUCAGGGAGCAAUGUGGAUAUUUUUUCAGUUGCAGUCUUUGGGGCUUACAUCUACUGGUCUGACAGAGCUCAUGCAAAUGGUUCCAUCAGACGAGGCAACAAAAAUGAUGCCACAGAGGCUAUGUCCAUGAGAACAGGCUUGGGAGUAAACCUGAAGGAAGUGAAGGUCUUCAACAGAAUCCGUGAGAAAGGAACCAGUAUUUGUGCCAAGAACAAUGGUGGAUGUCAACAACUUUGUCUCUAUCGGGGAAAUAUGCAGAAAACAUGUGUUUGUGCACAUGGCUAUUUAGCAGAGGAUGGAGCUUCGUGCUUGAGACAUGAUGGCUACUUGCUUUAUUCAGGAAGAACAAUACUAAAAACUAUACAUAUAUCUGAUGAAACAAACUUAAAUUCACCAGUGCAGCCUUAUGAAAAUCCAGAGUAUUUAAAAAAUGUAAUAGCACUGGCUUUUGAUUACAACCAGAAAGGAGGUGGCACUAACAGAAUUUUCUUCAGUGAUGCACAUUUUGGAAAUAUACAACUUAUUAAAGAUGAUUGGACUGGCAGAAAAGUUAUCGUGGAAAAUGUUGGUUCUGUAGAAGGUCUGGCAUAUCAUAGAGGUUGGGAUGCUUUGUAUUGGACAAGUUCAACUACAUCUUCUAUUACAAGGCACACAGUUGACCAGAAACGAAGAGGUGCUUUCAACAGAGAAGCAGUAAUAACAAUGUCUGAAGAUGAUCAUCCACAUGUAUUAGCACUUGAUGAAUGCCAAAAUUUAAUGUUUUGGACUAACUGGAAUGAGCAUCAUCCAAGCAUCAUGAGAGCAACAUUGUAUGGCAAAAAUGCACAAGUUAUUAUCAGCACUGACAUCUUAACACCAAAUGGACUUGCCAUUGAUCACAGUGCAGAGAAAUUGUACUUCUCAGAUGGCAGUUUGGGUAAAAUAGAAAGGUGUGAAUAUGAUGGAUCCCAUAGAAAUGUGAUUGUCAGAUCUGGACCUGGUACUUUUCUCAGUCUGGCUGUUUAUGAUGACUGGAUCUUCUGGACAGACUGGGUGAGAAGAGCUAUUCUGCGAUCCAAUAAAUAUACAGGUGGAGAUACAAAAAUUCUUAGAUCUGAUAUACCACAUCAACCAAUGGGCAUCAUAGCUGUUGCUAAUGACACUAACAGCUGUGAAUUAUCUCCUUGUGCCCAAAUGAAUGGGGGCUGUCAUGAUUUGUGCCUUUUAACUCCAGAUGGCCGUGUGAACUGUUCAUGUAGGGGGGACCGAAUUCUUAUAGAUGACAACAGAUGUGUGCCUAAAAACUUCUCAUGCAACUUUUUCUCUGAAUUUGAAUGUGGAAAUGGUGAGUGCAUUGAUUACCAACUCUCCUGUGAUGGUAUACCCCACUGCAAGGACAAAUCUGAUGAGAAGUUACUUUAUUGUGAAAACAGAAGCUGUCGAAGAGGCUUUAAACCCUGUUUUAAUCAUCGUUGUAUAUCUACUAAUCAAGUAUGUGAUGGAAAAAAUGAUUGUGGUGAUGACUCUGAUGAAAUAGGCUGUGAAGUUUCAGGAUGUACUUCAACAGAAUUUCGCUGUGCAGAUGGAAUGUGUAUUGCAAAAUCAGCACAAUGUAAUCAGGUUAUUGAUUGUUCGGAUGCUUCUGAUGAAAAAAAUUGCAAUAAUACAGACUGCACUCACUUCUAUAAGCUUGGAGUCAAGUCCUCAGGGUUUGUUAGAUGUAAUUUUACUUCACUUUGUAUACUACCGGAAUGGCUAUGUGAUGGAUCAAAUGACUGUGGCGAUUAUACUGAUGAAUUAAAAUGUCCAGUUCGGAACAAACAUACAUGCGAAGAAAAUUAUUUUGCUUGUCCUAGUGGGAGAUGUAUUUUGAAUACCUGGGUUUGUGAUAGUCAGAAAGAUUGUGAAGAUGGAAGUGAUGAAAUACACUGUGAUUCUUCUUGUUCAUGGAAUCAGUUUGCAUGUUCUGAGAAUAGAUGCAUCUCAAAACAAUGGGCUUGUGAUGGAGAGGAUGAUUGUGGAAAUGGCUUGGAUGAAAGUGAAGUUAUUUGCGACUCAGUAACAUGUGCCCCAAACAUGUUCAACUGCUUAGAUUCCUAUGCCUGUGUUCCUCAGCACUGGCUUUGUGAUGGAGAAAGAGACUGUCCCAAUGGAAGUGAUGAGCUUGCUACAGCAGGAUGCGCGCCUAAUAAUACUUGUGAUGAAAACACUUUCACAUGCCGCAAUAAAGUCUGCAUUCCAAAGCAAUUUGUAUGUGACCAUGAUGAUGAUUGCGGAGAUGGAUCAGAUGAAUCCCUGGAAUGUGGUUAUCGUCACUGUAAUCCUGGAGAAUUCAGCUGUGCUGAUGGAAGAUGUCUCUUAAAUUCUCAGUGGCAAUGUGAUGGAGAUUUUGAUUGUCCAGAUCAUUCUGAUGAAGAGCCACUUAACAUAAAAUGCAGAAGUGCAGAACAGUCAUGCAACAGUUCCUUUUUUAUGUGCAAAAAUGGCAAGUGUAUCCCACAAGGAGAUGUUUGUGAUACUAAACAGGAUUGUGGUGAUGGAUCUGAUGAGAGAAAUUGCCGCAUUAAUGAAUGUUUGAGCAAAAAAGUCAGUGGCUGUUCUCAAGAUUGUCAGGAUCUUCCAGUUGGGUACAAGUGUAAAUGUUGGCCUGGCUUCCAUUUGAAGGAUGAUGGCAGAACAUGUGUAGACAUUGAUGAAUGUGCAUCUGGCUUUCCAUGCAGCCAACAGUGCAUCAAUACAUAUGGAACCUACAAAUGCCUAUGUGCAGACGGUUAUGAAAUGCAACUUACUAACCAACAUAGCUGCAAAUCUCUCUCAGAUGAAGACCCAUUUUUAAUUCUGGCUGACCACCAUGAAAUAAGAAAAAUAACAAUCGAUGGAUCAAACUAUACUUCAAUUAAACAGGGUCUAAACAAUGUGAUUGCAAUAGACUUUGAUUACAGAGAAGAUUUCAUCUAUUGGAUAGAUUCCAGCAGACCAAAUGGUAGCAGAAUAAACAGAAUGAAUCUGAAUGGAAGUGAUGCCAAGGUAGUUCAUAACACAGCUGUUCCUAAUGCACUAGCAGUUGACUGGGUUGGAAAAAAUCUUUACUGGUCUGAUACAGAAAAAAGGAUUAUCGAAGUAUCAAAACUCAAUGGAUUGUAUCCUACUGUUAUUGUAAGCAAAAGGGUGAAGUUCCCUAGAGGUCUUUGUUUGGAUCCUCAAGUUGGAUAUUUGUAUUGGAUUGAUUGCUGUGAGUAUCCUCAUAUUGGUCGUGCUGGUAUGGAUGGCUCUAAUCAGACUGUUGUGGUAGAAACACAGAUAUCUAGACCAAUGGCUCUGACAAUAGAUUAUGUCAACAAAAGACUGUACUGGGCUGAUGAAAACCAUAUUGAAUUUUCCAACAUGGAUGGCUCUCGGAGAAAUAAAGUACCUAAUCAACAUAUUUUAGGGGUGAUUGCUCUCACGUUAUUUGAAGACUAUAUAUACUGGACUGAUGGGAAAACCAAGGCAGUCAACCGUGCCCAUAAAACCUCUGGAGAAGAUAAAGUAGCAUUGAUUAACUCAUGGCAUGCCAUCACUGAUAUACAAAUAUAUCAUUCUUAUAGACAACCUAAUGUGCCUAAACAUAUAUGUACAUUAACUAAUGGAGGAUGUAGUCACCUAUGUCUCCUAGCCCCUAGCAAAACACACACUUGUGCUUGUCCCACCAACUUUUACCUUGCUGCAGACAAUAAGACCUGUUUAUCAAAUUGCACGGCCAGCCAAUUUCGCUGCAAGACUGACAAAUGCAUUCCAUUCUGGUGGAAAUGUGAUACUGUUGAUGACUGUGGUGAUGGAUCAGAUGAACCCGAAGAAUGCCCUGAAUUUAAAUGUCAACCAGGCCGUUUUCAGUGUGGAACUGGACUGUGUGUUUUACCAGCCUUUAUAUGUGAUGGAGAAAAUGAUUGUGGAGACAACUCUGAUGAAAUGAACUGUGACACACAUGUUUGCUUGUCAGGUCAAUUCAAGUGCACCAAGAAUCAGAAAUGUAUUCCAAUAAAUCUCAGGUGUAAUGGGCAAGAUGACUGUGGUGAUGAAGAAGAUGAAAGAGACUGUCCGGAAAACAGCUGUUCUCCCGACCAUUUUCAGUGUAAAACCACAAAGCACUGCAUUUCAAAACUGUGGGUAUGUGAUGAGGAUCCUGAUUGUGCAGAUGGGUCUGAUGAAGCAAACUGUGAUAAAAAGACUUGUGGGCCUCAUGAAUACCAAUGUAAGAACAGCAACUGCAUUCCAGAUCAUUGGCGGUGUGACAGUCAAAAUGAUUGUGGAGACAAUUCUGAUGAAGAAAACUGUAAACCACAGACUUGUGCUCAAAAAGACUUUCACUGCUCAAAUGGAGAUUGCAUAUCUGCAAAAUUUUGGUGUGAUGGUGAUUAUGAUUGUGCGGAUGGCUCAGAUGAGAGCUACUGUGAUUCUGGCUGCUUAAAAGACCAAUUCCAGUGCUCCAAUGGUCAGUGUAUAUCCACAAAGUGGAAAUGUGAUGGAUAUGAUGACUGUAUACUUGGAGAAGAUGAGAAAAAUUGUGAAGCAGUGUCUCCAACCUGCUCUUCAAGUGAGUACAUAUGUGCCAGCGGAGGAUGUAUCUCUGCAUCUUUCAGAUGCAAUGGAGACUAUGAUUGUCCUGAUGGCUCUGAUGAGAUGGAUUGUGUCACAGACUGUAAAGAAGAUCAGUUUCGAUGUAAAAAUAAGGCACACUGCAUCCCUGUUCGAUGGCUUUGCGAUGGAAUCCAAGAUUGUGUAGAUAACAGCGAUGAACAAUAUUGUGACAAAGGAGGCAAUAUAUGCAGAGCAGAUGAAUUUCUUUGCAACAAUUCACUUUGUAAACUCAAUUUUUGGGUUUGUGAUGGAGAAGAUGACUGUGGUGAUAAUUCAGACGAACUUCCAGAAAUAUGUGUAAAAUUUCCAUGUCCCCCAACAAGGCCAUAUCGAUGCAGAAAUAGCAGAGUCUGUCUGCGGCAUGAACAGAUUUGUAAUGGGAUUGAUGAUUGUGGUGAUGACUCAGAUGAAGACAACUGUGACAAAACUACAUAUAAAGUAAGGCCUUGUAAAAAAGAUGAAUUUGCAUGCAACAAUAAGAAGUGCAUUCCAGUGGAAUUAGAGUGUGAUCAGUUUGAUGACUGUGGAGAUGGUUCAGAUGAGCAAGGCUGUAAAACAAGUUUAACAGAAUACAGCUGUGAAAAUAAUGUGAACCCCUGUGGUGAUGAUGCAUAUUGUAAUAAAACCAAAACAUCUCUUUUUUGUCAGUGCAAACCUGGAUUUCAAAGGAACAAGAGAAACUGGCAAUGUGAAGAUAUCAAUGAAUGUCUAAUAUUUGGCAUCUGCUCCCAGCUCUGUAUUAAUGUAAAAGGAUCAUACAGGUGUACUUGUGAGAGGAAUUAUAAAGAAAGAAAUAGUAGCUGCGUUGCAAAAGGCUCUGAAGAUCAAGUUCUCUACAUUGCUAAUGACACUGAUAUCCUGGGUUUUGUAUAUCCAUUCAACUACAGUGAUGUUCAUCAACAGAUUACACACAUUGAACAUAACUCAAGAAUAACUGGAAUGGAUCUAUAUUAUCAAGGGGAAAUUAUUAUUUGGAGUACUCAGUUUAAUCCAGGAGGCAUUUUCUAUAAAAAGUUCCACCAGGGGGAAAGGAGACAAAGCAAUAGUGGUGUCAUAUGUCCUGAAUUCAAAAGACCUAGAGACAUUGCAGUUGAUUGGAUAGCUGGAAACAUUUAUUGGACUGACCAUUCCAGAAUGCAUUGGUUUAGUUAUUAUACAACACACUGGACAAGUCUAAGAUAUUCCAUCAAUGUAGGGCAGAUAAAUGGACCAAACUGCACAAGGCUCCUUACAAAUAUGGCAGGAGAACCAUAUGCAAUAGCUGUAAAUCCUCCAAAAGGCAUGAUGUACUGGACAGUAAUUGGAGACCAUUCUCAUAUAGAAGAAGCAGCAAUGGAUGGUACUUUGCGGAGAAUAUUAGUACAAAAAAACUUACAAAGACCAACAGGACUUGUAGUUGAUCACUUCAGUCAGCGUUUGUUCUGGGCUGAUUUUGAAUUAUCAGUAAUUGGCAGUGUUCUUUUUGAUGGCUCUGAUUUGAUCAUAUGUGUGAGCAGUAAACAAGGAUUACUCCAUCCUCACAGAAUUGACAUUUUUGAGAAUUAUAUAUAUGGGGCAGGACCGAAAAAUGGUGCAUUCAGAGUGCAAAAAUUUGGCCAUGGUUCUGUAGAAUAUCUGGAUUUGGAUAUCGAUAAGACAAAAAGUACUUUGAUUUUGCAUCGUUACAAGCAAACAUACUCCCUCAAUCCUUGUUUGGAGCUCACCUGUGAGUUCCUAUGUUUACUCAAUCCUUCAGGUGCAGCUUGUGUGUGUCAAGAAGGAAAAUCAUUGAUUAAUGGAACAUGCAGUGAUUUGAGCAUUUUAGAUGAGACAUGUAAGCUGCCUUGUGAAAAUGGAGGAAGAUGUGUUAUAAACGAAAAAGGUGAUCCAAGAUGUUACUGUUGGCCAAGUUAUUCAGGGGAAAGAUGUGAGACUAACCACUGUAGCAACUACUGUCAGAAUGGAGGGACCUGUGUAGCUUCAAUUCUCGGGAGGCCGACAUGCAGCUGCACGCUGGGUUUUACAGGUCCAAACUGCAACAAAACUGUUUGCAAUCAUUUCUGUCAAAAUGGUGGAUCCUGCACUGUCACUGCUGGAAAUCAGCCCCACUGUCACUGUCAGCCUGAAUAUACAGGUGACAGAUGCCAAUACUAUGUUUGCCACCACUAUUGUGUUAAUUCUGAAUCUUGCAUCAUUGCUGAUGAUGGCAAUGUAGAAUGUGUCUGUUCUCUACAAUAUGAAGGCCUCAAGUGUGAAACUGACAAAUGUGUAAAAUGUCAUGGUGGACAAUGUAUCAUAGACAAGGAGAGUGAUGACAUAAUGUGCAACUGCACAAAUGGAAAAAUUGCAUCCAGCUGUCAAUUAUGUGAUGGCUAUUGCUACAAUGGUGGUACAUGCCAGUUGGACCAAGAGACAAACAUACCUGUCUGUCUAUGCUCUUUGGGGUUUAAAAGUCAGCGCUGUGACCAGAAAAUGAACCCUUGUGAUUACUACUGUCAGAAUGAGGGAAUUUGCACUUUAACUGCGUUUAAUGAACCGAGAUGCAAAUGUUCCAUGAACUGGUCAGGUACACAGUGUGAGCGACUAGCUCCUAAGAGCAGCAAAUCCGACCAUAUAAGUACAAGAAGCAUUGCAAUCAUUGUUCCACUCGUCCUCUUGGUGACAUUGAUUACAACUUUGGUAAUAGGCCUGCUCCUUUGUAAAAGGAAACGAAGGACAAAAACAAUCCGACGGCAACCAAUAAUAAAUGGAGCAAUCAAUGUAGAAAUUGGAAACCCAUCAUAUAAUAUGUAUGAGGUGGGGCAUAAUCACAGUGAAAGAGGUCUUUCAGAUUUUACAAUAAAUCCAGAAAAGGCCAGAUAUAUAGGGGGAGGGCCCACAGUCUUCAAGCUUUCCCAUACAGCACCGCCAAUCUACCUAAACUCUGAUCUGAAAGGACCUCUAACUGCAGGGACAACAAACUACUCCAAUCCAGUGUAUGCAAAGUUAUACAUGGAUGGGCAAAACUGUCGAAACUCCUUAGCAAGUGUCGAUGAAAGGAAAGAACUCCUUCCAAAGAAAAUAGAUAUUGGCAUAAGGGAGACUGUGGCAUAAUCCAUUGUAAUCUUUUGUAUACUGUAUAAAUGUAUAAAAUAUAAGGAUUACUUUUCUAUGUACCAACAGUAUUAUAAUUGUUUUGGCAUCAGCAUUACCUCUGGAUUUUUUUCUGUUUUGUUGGUGGUUUUCUGGGUUUUUCUUUUGCUGAUGACUUGACUGACCAUUUGUAUGGUAUUUUUAUGAUAAAAAAUCUGCACUACAGUACAAUUUACAACAAUGCUGCUGAUAUAACACACACUGAAUUUGUUAAAAAUUAAAAAAAAUCCUUUGUAGUGUGAAUAUGAGCAAUCUAUUUUAUAUGAACUUUUUCUUUAAUUUUACUUAAUCAAUGAAGAUGAUAUCUGCACUUUUCCAUUAUAUGGUCUGACGGCUGUAGUACAGUGUGUGAAAUUUGUUUCUGUUUGAAAUGGUGGAAGUAUGAUUGGAUGGUCUACUCUCUUUGUGCCCAUUAGAAAUUCACUUCUGAACCUUAAAAGUUAGGAGAACCAAAUUUUGCAAAUCAAACAUAACUCACUUUUACAAUUAACUUUAUGUUGUUGCCAAGAAGCUAUGAGUACUAUAGAAAACAUCUAAUGGUCUGCAUGAACUCAGAUUAUUCAAUUCUGAAGAUCCAGUGGUUGUCCAAGCUAUACUGAACAUAUAAACCAUGUACAAAAUCCUCUGUAUUUAGUAAAACCUUAUAGAACUUAGCGAUAUACAACUUACAAGUGGAAAGACCUUAAUUAAAUUGUGAUAAGGUCUAUUCUGCAGUCCUAUAGAUAGUAGCCUACCUGGAGCACAAGAGGGCUUUGCCUAUACACAUAUUAUGUAUUUAUUUACUCAGCCACAUGCAGUAUUUGAUUAUAUGAUGUAUUAUUUGAUUAUAUGAUUAUUUCCCCUUAAGGAGAGCAAAAAGCCAUAAGCACACACAUUGACAACAAUAUUCCUAAAAGGAGGGGGUAAAACCCCAUUCUUUCAUAGAAAUAUUAAUUCAACCACAUCUUAUCAUUCUGUAUCUAUGGAAAGAUUAUUUUUAAAAACAGUAUGGUCAAUUAAUUUUAAAACUUAUUUGACAAACCUCAGAAUCCACAUUCUCAACAGCGGAGAGUGUUCAGCGUAACGAGUUUCCAGCACUUUCUCUGAUAUUAGCUUAUUUUAUGUUGUUAUCAAGAAUAAAAAAGGAAAAACAAUACAAUUUGCCUUUUUUAAUUGUGACAGAAAUAUGUAGUGCAAUUUCUCUAGCCUGUUUGGAGAGGGAAAAAAUCCAACCCUUGAACACUUUUAUAUAGAACUCUAAAGGCACAAAAGACUUCACACACCUGUACACAAAGAAUUGGAGGACUUUUCAUUCCUCUGGUAUACAUUACUGGUUUUUAGCUGUCAUGAGAUAUUAAUCUAACAGAUUAAAUACGUUUGUGGUGGCUCUAUUCCCUUUGUACAAACAUUGCAAAAAUAACUGCUGUUUUAUAAAAGUUUUUUGUUGUACUCUGUGCAUGCAUACUACCUAUUUCUAAAAUUUGCCAUGCUGAGGCCUUUAUUAAAAAGAACUUGAUUCAUGUAA